AUGCUCGCAGCAGAAUGGCAGCUGCAGCUGCAAGCAGCAGCAGGCAGACACAGAGAAACAGUCCUGCUGCUGCUGCUGCUGCUGCCCACCAAGCAGCAGCAGCAACAGCAGCAGCAGGAGCAGCUGCAUAAGCAACACCUGCAGCAGCAGCAGCUGCAACUGCAGCAGCUGCAGCAGCAGCAGCAGCAGCUGCAGCAGCAGUUGCUGCUGCAGAUGCAUGGAGGCCAAGGCGUGCCUCACCGCAAGCAGCAGCACACACUGCAGCACGAACGCCUGCAGCAACAGCAGCAGCAGCAGCAGCAGCAGCCCAGUUUCUUCACUAGACCCCAACACUCUCAGCACCACUGUCUCUGCAUGCGCCUCUAA